AUGGCGAGCCCGGCGCGGCAUACGCUUCUCCGGCACAUCCACCUCCCAGGGCUUGUUCCUUACCAACGUGCCGCGGCCCUUCAAGAGCAUCUGGUCUCUCGCUUCCUAGCAUCCAAACCGCCUUCGAACAAUCCAGCGCCCGCACCGCACAUCAUCACCGCUGAAUUCACACCCGUGUACACAUGCGGCCGUCGAGAAGUCGGAAAUGUUUUAUUAGAACAACAGCAGUAUCUACGCGCAGAUGGCAAAGCAGACUUCGUCGAAGCCAUGCGCGGCGGCCAAACCACCUUCCACGGCCCAGGCCAACUAGUCGCCUACCCGAUCGUCGACCUGCGAACCCACAAGCUCAGUCCGCGGUGUUACGUCGCCAUGUUGGAAAAGAGCUUGAUCGCGACAUGCGCGCGGUAUGGCAUCAAGGCCAUGACUACGGACAAUACUGGCGUGUGGACCAGCGAGGACGAUAAGAUUGCGGCGAUUGGCGUGCAUAUGCGGUUGAAUGUGAAUACGGAUCUGUGGUGGUUUGAUAGAAUUGUGGCAUGUGGACUGGAGGGAAAGAGGGCGACGAGCUUUGUGAAGCAGGGUGUUGACGUGCAGGACGUGGGGUAUGUAGGAGGGACUUUUGCGAAAGAAAUCGCGGAUAGACUGGAAGGUAUACAAGGAGUUGAGAGAGUGGAGGAAGAUGAGGUCCAGAUACUGCUGAGCGAGGCGAAUGCAUGA